UCAACUACCACCAUUGCUUACAGCCUUCUCCUUCUCCUCCUCAUCCAUCUUCUUGUGGUCACCUCAUAAACGAAGCUUGAUCUCGCCGGAAAAGAGACGCACACGAAGUGUUCGAUCGACUGUCAAGAUAUGGAAGAUCUUGACAACCUCAAGGCAACCGAACUGACGCUCGGUCUCCCAGGGACGUCCGAUGCGCCGGAGAAGCCAGCGACGGUCUCCUCUAGGGUUAACAAGCGGACAAACGAGGAGUGCUGCACUUUUGCAAGGAACAGAUCCGAGGAUACCGCGGCGCCUGCAGCUAAAGCAAGAGCAGUCGGAUGGCCGCCUGUUAGAUCUUACAGGAUGAACAGCUCUAGGGCAAGGAAGCUGGAGACGGAAGAUAACUCCGAGAUCUACGUGAAGGUCAGCAUGGAUGGAGCUCCUUACUUGAGGAAAGUGGAUCUCAGGAUCUACAAUGGCUAUAAGGAGCUCAGGAACGCCUUAGAUGACAAGUUCAGAUGCUUUUCCUUAGGAGGUGUAGAAGCACAUACUGGUGAGUCUGACAACGCAAUCACAUACGAAGACAGAGAUGGAGACUGGAUGUUGGUUGGAGAUGUUCCAUGGGAGAUGUUCAUCUCUUCAUGCAAGAGGCUGAGGAUAAUGAAGGGAUAUGAAGCAAGAGGUCAAUGAGUUCAACGAGUGCACAUAGAUUAACAGGACUCUCUCGCUACUUGGAUCACCAUCUUCCAUCCCAAAGAACCAAGUAAAAACAAAAAGAAAGUGGGAAGAAAUUGUACUGAAACAGUUUUCCUGAUUUUGAUUCUCAAAAGAAUGAUUUAUAGUUGAAUUUUCCAGUUUUUAUUUUCUUUGUAGAAUCCAUGUAUAUUGCCCACAAGAUACAUAGAGAAAAGGUUUUUGUUGUUGUAUGGCUAUCAAUCGUGAGUACAGAAAUGAGAAAGGACCUCGAAGAACUUGAAGCCUCGACAUGGCCGCUCAUCUUUGGAUCUUCGUGAAGGGAUGACAAAGCACAGAAAACAUGGCUACCAGAGAUGAGAUGAGAUGAGAUGAGAUGACAUGAUGAAAGAAAGAGAAGGGAAGAGUAAAUUUUAUUUAUUUUAUUUUGUAUCAAAUAAAAGUAAAAUGUAAAGAGAGAUUAUGAGAAUAAAAAGGAAGUUUAAUCAAGAUUAAUAAG